UCGGUGAUUGAUCGUCUUCGCAGUUUUGGCGUAUCCAACGGCGAGACUUACGGAGAAUACAUUCGUCGCUAUAAGGCUCUGGCCAUGACCGUCAUGGUUUCCCACCACGCGUUCAAGCCUUCGGAUGCGCAAGUGCAGAUAGCUGUUCGAGACUCCAUGUUGAAGCAGUUUCCGGUAGUGUCUGGGCAGGUGUACAAGGAUGAGCAGCUCUCCAUGGAAGCCCCUUUUUGGCGACAUGCUUCGGGUCUGGAUGAUAUGUGGGAUGUGUUGGACAAGCGUGCGUUCGCGCACACGCCGGCGGUGCAUGGAGAUGAUUCUUUUCGGUAUCUUCCACAAAUGCUAGGAGUUCGUCUGCUGUUUCGCGUGCUGUAGCUCGGCGUUGCGUUGGACGGUGACCCCUUCGUAGAACCAAGGUUCUUCGGCCGCCGUGAUGAGUGUUGACCCUCUACCUAAUGAU